AUGCCUCCACGGAUCGGCUCCGUAGCGAGGCUCUCCACCGCGCUGCGGUCGCGAUCGAAGGCCGACCUCUUUUUCUGCCCGUCCUGCUCGCUAUGGCGCCUCGCCGACUCCCAACCGACCGCCGCGACGACCUCCGCUCACGCGCCUUCGCGAUACUUUUCCACCACCCGACGUCGCCGCGCCGCAACGCUCGCCUCACGGACCGCUAUCAAUGCUCCGUUGGACGUCCCGCCACGGCUGAAGGAGCUGCAUCAGGCAUUAGAUGCGUUGAAGAGUGAUGCUGCCAGCUACGUGAACCUCAGCAGACUGCAAUUAGCGUUGCGGGGACUAGAGAGCGAGGAUCCCGUUGUGCGGGUUGCCGUUCUGAGCCUGGGCGAUCAGGCGUCGGCGAAGCAGCUAGCCCGGCUUUUGCUCGCGGAUCCGUUGUCCGAGCAAGGCAGAUGGGAGGAUGCGCUGGAAGCCCAUGACACCGACAAUGGACAGGCUAUCUUACUACGAUACGGAGACGAUUCUGACGUACACCCGAACAACCCUCUCCUCCGAACUAUUUCUGCUCCUUCGAGGGCGCUACAGAAGCAUAAUGUCGAGAUUUUGAUCUCGUCGCUAAACGCCAACAUUUCCGGGCCAGUGUCUCAGUCCAGCGCCGAGAAGCCAAGAGAUGCUAUCCUUGUGCCUACUUUGCAAACUCCCACGUCGGCGACCGGCCGGCUAACCACAGUCACUUAUCCUGUGCACCGAGCUAUCGUGUUCGGCGAAGGUGUUCGGAGUUGCGUUGCCUAUGGGCGCUUUACUGCGGCGCAGUCAGAACAGGAACUACCGCCUGAGACAGUCAAGGUUGCCAUGGGUAUCCCCGCACCAACCACGGAACUAGAGCAGGCAGCUUCAGACAGAUACGUUGCAAUUGAUGCAAACCUCGGUGCUGAAGCGCUCGACAAGUUUCGGGAGUCAAUAACCAACUCCGUCUUCUACGAGCGAGGAUGGCAUAGAAGCGGCAUGCCCGCUCUUACGGCAUGGCUGGCGCAUGGCUCGAGUAGCAACGUGCCCGCAGGGCUCAAGCCCGCUAUCCGCGACCUUGUCGAUUCGCUUCUAGCAGACGCGAACGAAGCCGUUACUCUCGAAGAUAGCCAGCGGCUACAGGAACUGCUGGCUUCGUCCGUCUCCGAAUCUACCCGCACAGAAAUCCUUUCAACCCUUGCUAAUUGGGCCGAGCAUGCGCAUACGGAGCUCCGUGACGAGCUCGACAUCGCUUUCUUGAGCAAGUCAUGGCGCAGACUCGCAUGGUGGAAGCUCUUCUGGCGCGUCGACGAUGUGGGAAUGAUCCUGUCCGAAUUGUUGGAAAGGCGCUGGCUAGUAUCUGCCGAGAAAGACAUCAUCUGGGUUGCUGGCCGCAUCGAGCAGGCCGGCUUCUUCGCCAACGACCCGGAUGCCGCCAACCUCCCAGAACGUGCUAUGCUGCUCAAGUCUCCUUCCAAACCGGCCGGCCGCAUCGGCGACGUCCCCGACGCUCCGCACCCGGACGCUCUCAGGAAGUUCGACGAAAUGCGCCGUGCCGCCGCCGAGUCGGAGAAUGGGGCGCUGGCGGUGGCGGUGCCGCCGCCCAAACCAUGGCCCCAGCAGAUCCCCAUGGCGCGCACCUACCUGACGGCCACCUCCGUCCCGCCCCUCGAGGCCCUCGCGCAGAAGCUCGUCGUCCAGACGCUGUCGACCGUCUCGGCAACGUCGGCGCUGUCGGGCCUGUUGUACGUCUCCGCCAGCACCGGUUUGUUCGAGGCCGGCACCGUGGCGGCGCUGGGUGCGGCGUGGGGGUUGAAGAGGAUGCAAGGGGUUUGGGAAUCCGCACGAGCGAAGUGGGAGGCGGAGAUCAGGGAGGACGGCCGGAAGGUGUUGAAGGAGACGGAGGAGGCGGUGCGGAAUGUGGUGAAUGUGCGGGGUAGGCCGGAGAGCGAUGCGGUGGGGGUGGAGGAGAGGAGAGUGGCGAGGGAUGCGGUGGAGAGGGCGCGGAAGGCGCUGGAUCAGGUGACCGGUGCGAGGGAAGAGUAG